GGUUGGUCCCUGCUCAGGCCCUGCCGCCGCGCCCCGCCCGGGCCGCAGCCGCACAGGUGUACUUCUUGUACGAGGGCCAGUGCACGGCCUUCAUGCACGGGGAGCACGGCGAGGUCGAGGUGAUGCGGUACACGACGCCCGGCCAGUACUUCGGGGAGGUGGCCCUGGUCUACAGCGAGCCCCGCAGGGCCACGGUGCGCGCCACCGGCGAGUGCACCGUGCUCGCCCUGAAGCGCCAGGACGUGAACCUGUCGGUCGGGGACCUGCGGGCACGCCUGGUCGCGAACAUCGAGGCCUAUCCUCAGUACGAGGCGAUGCUGCCGACGGGCGACGAGCCGUGACUUCGGCCGCCGCGCCCGCUGUCUGCGUAGGGCUGCGGCCCGCCCAAAUGCCGGGUCGGGCGACGGGGGGGACCUCAAGGGCGCCCUCGAGGGGCGCGAAGUUUUUCUCGCUUCGCGCUUCGCGGUUCGGCUCCGAUUCCUCCUCGUCCUCCUCUUCUCCCCUGGGAGGCGGCGCGAGAGCGCGAAGUUCUUCGCACUUCGCGCUUCGCGCAGCGAAGUUGGGAGCCCUUGGACCUUCGGGGCUCCAGAGGCGGGGGCCGGUGC